GCGAGAUCAGAGAAGAAUAUAUGGCAGUGUGUUCAUGGAGUGCAUGGCUUUUGUCCUCGCCGAGGUCAUCUUUUCUUAGUGACUGUCCCAGUGAAUGAAGAGAGGGUGAUUGCAGUGACGUGACCGCACAGCUGAUCGGGCGAUAACGAGGCAGACAAGCAUUCCGCUAUGUGCGCCCGGGAUGUGUUUGUGAUGUUACCAAGCCAAAGAUCCACAAAGAAAGAGAAACGAGGAUGAAAUCAACAUGAUUAGCACCGAUGGCCUCCCUAAAUGCGAGGCGACCUGGCGCGAGACUGGGAAAAGGCCACAGGCGGAGAUGUUGCACCUUCUGUCCGCUGUCAUUGUCUGGCUUGUGACGGGGACAACCAUCUCCAGUCUUAACAAAUGGAUUUUUGCAGUGUACAACUUCAGGUACCCCUUACUGCUGUCGGCCCUGCACAUGUUGACAGCGAUCGUGGUGGACUAUGGGCUUAUUAAACUGCGAAUACUCCAGCAAAACGGUGGGGUUGACAACCAGAAGGACCUUACCACCAGCGCCAAAUGCAAGGUGUUUCUAUUGAGCUUGACAUUUUGUGCCAGCAUCGCAUUUGGCAACGUGGGUCUGAACUAUGUCCAGCUGUCAUUUGCCCAAAUGAUCUACACCACCACGCCAAUCUUCACCCUGGCCAUCUCCACUCUGAUCCUGGGCAAGCAACACCACAUCCUCAAAUACACAGCCAUGAUGCCCAUCUGUCUGGGAGCCUCGUUCAGCAUCAUGGGCGAGGUCCAGUACGACCAGACAGGCUGCUUCUUCGUAUUCGCUGCGACAAUGUUGAGAGGUGUCAAAUCCAUCCAGCAAGGUAUCUUGCUCCAGGAGGAGAAAAUCAACUCUGUGUUCCUGCUGUACCUGAUGUCUAUCCCCAGUUUCUGCAUCCUGGCCGUAGCUGCUCUGGCCCUGGAGAACUGGGCCGUGCUGGAGUCUCCAAUGCACUACGACCACAACCUGUGGCUCUUCAUUCUGCUCAGCUGCCUGGGCUCUGUCAUGUACAACCUGGCCAGCUGCUGCGUCAUAACCCUCACCUCCGCCGUCACCCUGCACAUCCUGGGCAACCUGAGUGUGGUGGGCAACCUGCUGCUCUCCCAGCUGCUGUUCGGCAACGAGAUGUCAGCGCUCAGCUGUGCCGGUGUGGCUCUUACUCUCUCUGGCAUGCUCAUCUACCAGAACUCUGAGUUCAUCUCCAACUACCUGGAUGAACGGCGAGCUAAAGCCAGGGAGCUCAGCCGAGUGAGGGAGGAGGAUAUUGCAUUCCAACCGCCCCCCCAAAACCAGCAGGAGAGGGUAGACGCUGCCGGGAAACGAGAAGACAAGAUGGACUGAGAGAGAGAGCGAGGGGGAGAGAGAAAUUUCCUGUCCUUGGGGUUAGUUAAGUCAGGUGGUUCUGUGGAGAGGUUCAGGAAAUGGUCUGUGACCUCAUGAUGUCAUAGUUGAUGAUGACGACAUGAGUGACAGAACUUGUUUGGUUGGUUGUUUUUACCUCUUCACUGUGCCAAUUUAUUUCAGCCAUGGUCUCAUGGAACAGAAGUCAGCUGACUAAAAAAACAGAUGCCUUUAGGAAAGUGACAGUUUAGUCUGUACUGUUCUAAUACUCAUACAUGCACACAUACUGGUAUGCAUGCAUGAGCACACAAACUAUGUGAUACAUCUCAUGAGAUAUCACACACUGUUACUCACACUACUCCACUGUGAAAAUGUUCUCUCUGAGUGAGUGCUCAGUGGGAUGGUUGGGUGGGAAGGACUAGGAACACUGCUCUUAUGGAUAGAAACAAAUACGUUUUAAAAACGUAUGGUAAUGUUACCUAACCUUCCCCUGGUCUCGUAUCACUGGGAAAGAGGUUUUCUGGCAGCUUUUAUUUGGGGAUCUUAAAAUGGGUGUUCCGCAUUUGUUAUAGUGCUAUAGCUUUUGUCUAGAUGAAGUUUACAAACAUUCAAGCUAACAGGUUCAGCAUAUCAUAUCUCCUGGCUGUUUGUAGGCAUGGCGGCCAAUAAGCCACAAUGUUAUUAAUCUACUGCAUAGUGAGGCAUAGAUCUGAGGGGAGCCACCUUGUCCCACUCAACGACCCCUUAUUGCAUUUCCCUUCAUUUCCUCUUAAUAAAAGGAACCUAUUAUAAUCAUUUUAAUAACCUCCUACCUUUACAGCAGUUCUCACUGCAGCAAAUGUCUAUUAUAAGGCCUAUCCACUCUCUAAGGAGUCUCACUCAUCUUUAGCACACUCCAUAAAAAGUAUUUCAUCAUUCUCUCCUUACCGCCACUCGAACAGAAAUGUCUUCUCCACUCAGAGGGUGCCACAUUACAUUUAGUCUUUAUAACUGACCUCUGCUGGACAGUGUUAUUGUAACUCCAUUUGAAUUUUUGAAUAUUUAUGAUGCAGUGUUAUUUUUCAUUUAUUUUUUAUUCUGUAAGUAACACUAUUUUUUGUCCUGUUUAUGAUUCUUACACAGUACAAAGAGGAAGUUAUUGGAUUUCUGUUUACUAAAUUGAAUACAAAAGCUGUAGUAUGUCUCUUACCAGAAUUGACCUUGAUCAGAAACUAAAACUACUUAUUUGAAGUUGGAAAGCUCUUGCAUGAUGUGUCCAGAGCACUGACAUAGGUCAGAAGUCACUCAGUAACUGGAGGUCUAGUCAACUGGUCUGUCACUUGGCCAACUAAUGUAUGUUCAACAUUUUGCAGUCACUUAGAAAUGUCCUUGCUUUUGAAAGAAAAACUUUUAACUUCUUUAGAUUAGUUGAGUAUCUGGAGCAUCAGCAUUUGACGGUUCGAUUGCUGGCUCAAAAUGGCCAGAAACAAAGACUUUCUUCUGAAACUCGUCAGUCUAUUCUUGUUCUGAGAAAUGAAGGCUAUUCCAUGCGAGAAAUUCUCAAGAAACUGAAGAUCCCGUACAACGCUGUGAGCUACUCCCUUCAGCACAAACUGGCUCUAACCAGAAUAGAUAUGAUAUGUUUCCAUGAGAUGCCAUCUUAACUGACUUAAUUUUUAAAAUAUAUUUUUUACCCCUUUUUCUCCCCAAGUCUUGUCUCAUCGCUGCAACUCCCGUAGGGACUCAGGAGAGGCGAAGGUUGAGAGCCGUGCGUCCUCUGAAACACAACCCAACCAAGCCGCACUGCUUCUUAACACAAUGCCCACUUAACCCGGAAGCAAGCCGCAGCAAUGUGUCGGAGGAAACGCUGUACACCUGGCAACCGCGUCAGUGUGCACUGCACCUGGCCCGCCACAGGAGUCGCUAGUGCGCGAUGGGACAGGGUCAUCCCUGCCGUCCAAAACCUCCCCUAACCUGGAUGACGCUGGGCCAAUUGUGUGCCGCCCCAUGGGUCUCACGAUCACGGCCGGCUGCGACAGAGUCUGGACUCGAACCCAGAACUUCUAGUGGCACAGCUAGCACUGCGAUGCUGUGCCUUAGACAACUGCGCCACUCGGGAGGCCCUUUAACUGUUGAGUGUAGGGGACAGUAUUUUGAUGUUAGGAUGAAAAACGUACCCAAAUGAAACUGCCUAUUUCUCAGGCCCAGAAUCUAGAAUAUGCAUAUAAUUAGGAUAGAAAACACUCUAAAGUUUCCAAAACUGUCAAAAUAUUGUCUGUGAGUAUAACAGAACUGAUAUUGCAGGCAAAAACCUGAGGAAAAUCCAACCCGGAAGUGCUGUUUUUCCUGAAAGCUCUCUGUUCCAUUGCCUGCCUUCGCUCCAUUUAAAGGGAUAUCAACCAGAUUCAUUUUCCUAUGGCUUCCACAUGUUGUGAACAGUCUUAAGACAUAGUUUCAGACUUUUAUUUUGAAAAAUGAGCGAGAAAGAUCACAUCGCGUCAUUGUAUGGCUGGGUGCCAGCAGUGUUUUGCAUGCGCAACAGCUUGGAGCAGAAAUUUUCUCUCUCUCCUAUUGAAGAAGGUACAGUCCGGUUGAAAUAUGAUCGAUUAUAUAUUGUACAAACAACCUGAGGAUUGAUUAUAAAAAAACGUUUGACAUGUUUCAACAAACUUUACGGAUACUAUUUGGAAUUUUCGUCUGCCCGGUCGUGACCGCUCUUGCCUGUGGAUUUCUGAAAAUAAUGCGCCAACCAAAUGGAGGUAUUUUGGAUAUAAAAAUAAUCUUUAUGGAACAAAAUGAACAUUUAUUGUGUAACUGGGAGUCUCGUGAGUGCAAACAUCUGAAGAUCAUCAAAGGUAAGCGAUUCAUUUUAUUGCUUUUCUGACUUUCGUGACCAAUUUACUUGGCUGCUAGCCGUUUGUAAUGUUUUGUCUGAGAGAUGUCCUUAUAUAAACGCUUGGUAUGCUUUCGCCAAAAAGCUUUUUUGAAAUCUGACACGCCAGGUGGAUCAACAACAAGCUAAGCUGUGUUUUUCUAUAUUGCACUUGUGAUUUCAUGAAAAUUUUAUAUUUUUAGUAAUUUAAUUUGAAUUUGGCACUCUGCAAUUCAGAGGAUGUUGACACAAAUUAUCCCGCUAAUGGGAUGGGUGCAUCAAGAAGUUAAUUUGGCUUCAAAUGCGCUAUUGAGUCUUCACAUAGGAAUGAAUAGUGUCACGUGAUCAAUGGCUUUGUCCAUUCAUAUACAGUCAUUCAAUUACACCCAUUUUAAGGCUAGUGCUACUGAAAGGACCUUAUGAAGAUGUUGAAUGAAGUUGUUUCUAAUCUUCCUUUCCCAGUCAAAGAACCAUACAGGUGUGAGACUUAGCCCCCCUUAGCCUUUGAUAGACUAUUUGGAAAUUGUUAUAUAUUUUUUGUUAUACCCGCCUGAUGUUUUUCCCCCAAUAUGUUGUCAUAUGUACAGCAGUAGACACAUAAUGAUUUGUUCCAGCCUCGACCUGAUAAAUUAGUAAUUUGAAUGAAGAUAAGAUGAAUGCCAUUCCCAAACAUUUUUUAACACAGAGUUCUAAUGAGAGGAUCAUGUUAUUGAUGGUAGUUAAAUACCUCAGUCUUCAACAGUUUGUUGCAGACCAUUUGUUUAAUGACUUAAGUAAGUUGGCAGUUGAAGCGAGAUCAAAUAGCUGAAAGCAUGUCUGCCCACAACCACGGUUUGUCUCCUGGUCAACUGUUAUAAUCUGUUUGUUAAAUAGCCUACUGAUCGAAAGGCCAAUUUUGUUUAGCAACUUUGAAUUUAUGAUAAGAUACUUUUUAAUCACAUAGCCCUUAGAAUACCUAUUUAAACUAUACCAGCAUCACAGAUCUGCGUUUGAUUUGUCAGACUGGGUCAGUUUGACAACUCUGGGUUUGACUAGUCAGGCUGCUUGUUCACACAGAGGUUGUCUUUGACUGGCUGUAAGGGCAGAGCAACGCACAUACUGCACUGACGAGUUAUGGAAAUGCUGCCUUUACAGCGUAUGGCUCUUAUGUAUAUGUAUGUAUAUGUUGAUGUUGUCUGAAAACGUUACAUGUAAAUAAUGAUUUUAUUGUAUUGAUUUUACAAUCAUGGAAGGCUGGCUCAAAUAUACUGGUUCAAAAACA